ACACACUUUAGCGGGAAUUGAAGUCAACGCAUGCGCGUUAAGUUGAGUCGUCCGCGCGGGAGAGCGCUACAGGAAGAAGCUGAUUUACUUGCAGUGCUUUUAGCUAGCCCUCGCGAAUCAAAACUACUCUAAGCACGCCAAUUCGAGUAAAAUGUGGAACCAGGGAGGAUACAGUGACUCGAGUAUGGCUGUCGGUGGCUACACUCAGUCCCCCGGUGGCUUUGCGUCACCUUCUAUGUCCCAGGGUGGAGAGAAGAAAUCAAGAACCAGAGCGUCACAGAUCAUACCCUGCACCGUUUCCCAGCUAAUGUCCGCUAGCCAGGUGGACGAGGUCUUCAAAGUUGGCGAAGUGGAGGUGUCGCAGGUGACCAUCGUUGGAGUCAUUCGUAUUACAGACAAAUCCAUGACCAACAUCCAGUACAAAGUGGACGACAUGACGUCUGCCCCCAUGGAUGUAAAACAGUGGGUGGACACAGAGGACCCCAGCGUGGACGGUUCGGUGCUCCCUCCUAACACUUACGUCAAAAUCUCGGGAAAUCUGCGCUCCUUUCAGAAUCACAGGUCGGUGGUUGCGUUCAGCGUGAGGCCCGUGGAGGACAUGAACGAAAUCACUUCGCACAUGCUGGAGGUGGUCCAGGCACACAUGGCGCUCAGCAAGGAUCAAAACUCGGGUAACUAUAUGUCGUCUGUGUCACGUCCCGUAACUUCCAGCAGCAUGGACACGAGCUACAUGGGUGCGCAUGACACUGUAAACAACGGUUUAAGCGCCAAUCAGAACCAGGUGCUGAGUUUUAUCAAAAGCUGUCAGGACCCACUAGGCGUCACCCUUCAAGACCUGAGGACAAGACUGAGCCACAUCAGCUUGCCAGCCCUCAAGCAAGUGUUGGAAUUCCUCGGCAACGAAGGUCAUGUCUUCUCCACCAUCGACGAAGACCACUACAAGUCAACUGACUAUGGCAUGUAGGCAUCGUUGUUUAGAUGGAUUUUGUUGAAGGUGCUUUUUGAUAAUUGUAAAAAAAAAAAAAAAUUCUUUUUAGACACAGGUAAUUUGUCUUCUCAAAUAAAGUAUUUUCAGCUUGUGA